UGGCUAAGCGAACACUGCACGGCUGAUCUUCUGCUCAGUCGUUCAGCGACAAGACCCCCGUACGGAUCGGUCAAAGCACAAGCACCAGUGUCGUCGUCGUCCGAAGACUUUCAACGAGCAUCAACGAAAGUGGUUGAAUUUUCAUCGGCAAGCGAAGCGUGGCGUCUGGGCCAUAAUUUAUCAGCGAUUUAAAAUUUGGAAUAACGUAACCAUAGGCUGUAUAGUAUAACCGGGGAAAGUGAAAAUUUUUGAAACUGUGUGCACGGGCCGUGUAGAAUAUAUUUUUUUUUUUGGUAAACUCGUGGUGUGUGAUCAUGGACGUUAAUGUGACGAGCCGUUUCGGCGAGCUGGAGAAUUUGUACACUUUUUUGGUUGAUGACCUGGCAGAUCGAAGAACCGACCAGCUACCGUUCUUGUACAGUCCAAUGUGGCCGAUAACCAUCUUGAUGGUGUAUUUUGGGGCCGUUCACAUCUGGGUGCCAAAAUUCAUGGAAAAUCGGAAACCUUACGACCUCAAGAACAUAAUGAUCGGCUACAAUCUAGCCCAGGUGGUGGCGUGUUACGCGAUCAUACGACAUUUCUUCAAGUAUGGAUGGACCUUCGAAUAUCUGUACACCUGCAAGCUGCCCGAUUACUCGACCGACUCAGCUGCGAUAGGGUUUAUGUACGGCUCGUACUUUAACUAUGCGAUCAAGACGUUAGAGCUCGUCGAGACGGUGCUGUUUGCCCUGAGAAAAAAGCAGAACCAAAUCAGCUUCUUGCACGUCUAUCAUCAUGCAUGCACCUUUGCCAUUGCAUGGAUUUUCGCCAAAUACGUUGGAGGAAGCAUGCUGACCUACACCAUUAUUGUGAACUCGACCGUGCAUAUGUUUAUGUACUCGUACUAUUUGAUGGCAAUUUUUUCCAAGCAAUUGCCAUUCAAACUGAACGCCAUGAAGAAAUUCAUUACCGUGUUUCAAAUUGUUCAGCUGAUGAGCAUAUUGGUCAACAUUGGGUUCGCGAUGCGCGAAAGCUGUUCGCUGCCAAGAGUUUACUUAUCGAUCUAUCUACCCUACAUGGUGAUCCUGCUGUGGAUGUUCUUCAGCUUCUACUACAAGACUUACCGGAAGAACGCGAAACGAGUUACCAAUGAGAAAGAUUCUAGUGAUUUAGUUAUAAGAAAGCAAAAGUAAUUUAUA